CUUCAUCUCUCUAUCUCUCUCCUCUCUGCUUUUUGCUUUCUAGGGUUUUUGAUCAUCUCUCAGGUGAAUAAAUUUUGGUAUAAUAUCAUCCCAAUGUCUGCGAAUUCCAAGUCGGAGAGGUCUGCUUCUCAAUCGGCGGAGACGGUUGCUGUUUCUAACCGUGUCGUUGCGUCACGGUCAAGUCGUCAGCCGCGUCUCUCUUUCUCCUCCUUUGCUCCGUCAUCAGAGCACAAUUACCUGAAGAAGCUGAAAUCCGAUGAGAUUUCUCCGACGAGAGAGGAAGUUCCGGUGUCGGUGAAGGAGAGAGAAGAAACGGAGGAGGAGGAAGCGAAGAGGACUUGGAAUCUAAGGCCGAGGAAAGCUUGUGGUGGUUUGAAAAAAGGAAACGGUGUAUUCGCGACGGAGGUCUGCGGCGGCGGCGGCGGCGGAGGAGGAGGAGGAGUUUCGGAGGUGAAGAAUCAGAAAUCAAGCGGAGGAAUGGAGCCGAAAUCGAACAGGCACAGAGGAAUACCGGCGGAAUCUCCUGGAUUAGGCGGUGGUGAGGUUACGAACGAGAAUCACAGGCUUUGGGUUGCUCUUUCUCGAGACGAGAUUGAAGAAGAUUUGUUCAGCAUGAGUGGGAACAGGCCAUCUCGCCGGCCAAGAAAGAGGGCCAAAAAUUUGCAGAAAUAUCUCGAUUCAUGCGGUUACUUGUUCGGCAGCAUCUCUCCGGUCAUCAGAAACAGUUGUUCAAGCUCAGUGUCAGAGAACUUAAGGAAGAACAUGAACUAAUAUUAAUUCAAAACAGAAACAUAUUCUCUAAGGAUGGACCGAAAAAGACGAGAUUAAGAAAGUUUGUGUAGAGGAACAAAUGAAACAGAUGCCAGAGAACAACUAAAGAAAUCCAGAGACUAGUA